AUGGCUGAUCAAUUAGCAGACUCACUCACGAAACCUCUCGUUCCUAAACUUUUCGUUGCAUUGGUCCAAGAUCGGAAGCAGUGCGUGCACAAGUUUACCGUGUUUGAUUUCCUAAAAGAUCUAGUGAGCAACGUUCCAGAUGUUGGUGGUUCUGAUGCAGAUCCUGAUGAUAAAGCCAGCAAGAAAAGGAAAGCUGCAGACGAAGACAAUUACAGUGAAGAGGAGACAAAGAGGAGCAACAAUGAAGCCUGUCGCAGCAGCAGCAGCAGCGGCGGCAGCCGCAGCCGAAGGGGCCAAGGGAGGAGGUGUCGUGGAAAAGGGCGUGGUUCUCUUGUCGUCGAUGGAGUCGAGAAGGGCAGUGUUGACUUUAACAUAUAUGAAGAUGAUCCUGGCACUCAACAUGAUGACGAACUCACUCACAGUGAAACUGAUCGAGAUAUGGCAACAGCAUCUGAAGAAAAUUGUGUUACCAGUAGCAGCGUGCGUGCCACUGUUGGGAACUUUGACUUGAACUUGGAUUUCAAUGACAUCGAGAAGAUAGCACCAGCCUCAGCUACAACCGCAGCAGCUAUGGCAACAAUCUUUAAGGUAAGUGUCUGA